AUGGCUCCUCGAGGUCCAACGUCUGCUUUCGAGAGCGAAACCUUCGGUCAAGAUGCAUCUUUCAGACUUGAACAACCUGUGGGAUCCAUGACCAUCUCCCCAAGCGGGCGCGAUGUUGCGCUGGCUUCCAAAGAAGGGCUUCAUAUCAUUGACCUGGAUUCGCCCUACUCUCCACCACGAUAUCUCCCACACCGGACUCCCUGGGAAGUAGCUGAUGUUCAAUGGUCGCCGUUUGCUGCAAGGGACUACUGGAUCGUCAGCACCUCGAAUCAGAAAGCGCUGGUUUGGAAUCUGGAUGCUCGAUCAUGGCAGGAUCCCAUCGAAUUCGUACUUCACGGCCAUACCAGAGCAAUAACCGACAUCAACUUUUCGGCCCAUAAUCCCGACGUCCUUGCCACUUGCGCCGUUGACAGCUUCGUGCACAGCUGGGAUUUGAGAGCUCCUGCGAGACCUGUCAAUUCUUUUUCCGACUGGUUUGCUGGAGCAACUCAGGUCAAAUGGAAUCGGCAAGAUGAACACGUCGUGGCAAGCUCUCACGACAAGUUCCUUCACAUUUGGGACGACAGAAACGGUGCAUAUCCCGUACGAACCAUCGAAGCCCACGGAACGAAAAUCUAUGGGAUCGACUGGAAUCGGAUUUAUCAGAACAAGAUUGUCACUUGCUCUCUCGAUCGGACAAUCAAGUUCUGGGAUUUCGAGGGAGGGGAAAGCACUCUAGAGCGCGUCAUUGAAACUCCAUUCCCUGUAUGGAGAGCACGUCAUACCCCCUUUGGAUGGGGACUACUCGCCAUGCCGCAGCGCGGUAACAGCGACUUGCAUCUCUAUGAUCGCCGUGCGGUCAAUGGUGUAUAUGAGAGCGGACCGGUCCGUCCUGUUGCGACAUUCAAGGGUCAUGAAGGUCAGGUUAAAGAGUUCCUAUGGCGGGCUCGGGGCACGAUUGUCGACAACGUUGACAAUCGAGACUUCCAGUUGGUGUCUUGGGGAACGGACAGGGAGUUGAGGCUCCACGCUCUUGAACCCGAUAUAUAUGCAGAUAUUGGAUACGAAAAAGGGGUCUCCAAAGUUCAGCGGCUCAACUUUACGAGGAAAGGUGCGGUCUACAAGACCUUUCGCGAUGUACCGGGGGACGCCGAAUCCCCAUUGGAUGAAACACCUCGCAGUGAGGUAUUCUCCCGGCACAGUCAUCUCACGCAUUUCCGGCCUCGCUCCAGCACCAGUGUCGGCAUGAGUAAAGUGCCCGUCUCGCAAUUCCGUGGCUGGGUUCAGGGUGGUCGUUAUGCGCAAAGAUCUGGCAUGCAUGGAAGAGGCAACAAUCGGCAGACUACAGACCCUAUCUCUUGGUUAAAGAACGUGAAGAUAUUUUCUUGGGACGCCGACACAUUGGCCGAAGAGAUUCGGCAGGUGGGAGAAAAGUUCAAGAAAGUAGAGUUUGAGGUCGUGGACAUCUCCCAUCGAAAGGCCGUCAUGUCACUUCAAGCCCCUUGGGGAGAAGACCAGAGCCAAAUUUACCUAAGGGUGGAGAUGAGGUUUCCCAAAUUAUAUCCUCGAGGUGCAAAUGCAGUCUUGACUUUGCAAAAAUCCGGAUUUCUGGACGAAACAACACACAGACUCAUAACAACAGAAUUGCACACAAUUGCAGAAACCUAUGCCUCCAGGAAACGCGGAUGUCUUGAAGCAGUCCUCCGAUAUUUGCUCAGGGAGCAGAAUCUUGAACAAAUUGUGUCAUGGGUCCUCGGAGAAUCGCUGGUAGACUCAAAGACCUUGGACUCAAGUACGGUGGGAGCCGAUGAUUCUAGCAGUGAUAGUGAUGACCAACUAGAUGGCGUGCGAGAAGGUCUGGACGCUUCGGCGAAUAUUCUCGUACCGCUCGCAAAGGGUUGCGGUGCCCUUUGGUCCGAGACUGGAAAGCUGGUUUGCUUCUUUCCUGCCAAAGGAAAUGAGCCUGUCUCUCUCUUGAGCACUCUCGGCGUUAAAGACCUCGAGGAGUCCGAGUCAAGUAGACUCUUUGAAGGCUUUGGCCGUCUACACGCGAGCUCACCCGCACGCAAAACGACCCGAGGCACCAAAACAGCGGACGAUGACUCCGACUCUGACACGUCAGACUCAUCAUGGAAGACUUCAAGCAGUUCCUCGUCCUCAUUCGAGACCGAGCAAAACGUUCGUGGUGUAUCUUCAUAUCAAGUGGGGGCAUCUGGGCUCCAGCAGCGGUCGCGCUCACCUGACAGGUCGAACCAUUCCACCACCGGCGUUGCCAACAAGUUGAAUGAUGCUCCUCGGAAGAGCGCCGUGUCGAUACAUACUUUUGAUGAUCUGAUCCCCUCGAAACGCGAGCUGGCGGUCGAGUAUAAGAUUUUUGGAGCUGGCACAGAAGUUUGCAUGCACAAUGCUGUUGUUGCUCGAAACGCCGGCUUGGGAGACCUUGAAUCUGUGUGGACUGUUGUGGGACUUGUCUUGGAUGAUGCCGUCCCACUCGAAGUUCUUCCAGAUCUGCGAGAUUCUACUUUACAAGACGUGCUGGUGAUCGCAAAAACAGUCACGGAAAGACCUCGCCAAAAGGGCAACAUGUCUCCAGAUAAACCCAAAGCUUUUGGAAGGACACGUUGGGGCAAUCACCCUUUCGGCUCAACAUACCUGCUUCCUGCUAUCUUCGACCAUUUCGAAAGGCUUGGUGAUGUGCAGAUGCUUGCCACCUUGGCUUGCGUCUUUGCAUCAAGCAUCAACGAGGGAGUCAUACCAGGCGAGGGUUCCGACAAAGCGAAUAUGCAUGCCCCCGACAACAUCUCCCACAUUAUGAGCGACUACUUUCCUUCCAGGGAUGUGGCCAAGUCCUUCUUUCAAAAGGAUGUUGAUCCGGAAGGGUAUGUCUUCAUCCACUCUAAAAAUGUGCCUGCAGCUUCUGGCGUUCAAGGCCUAGGAGGCUCUAAAAUCCAGCGCAGACCAUACCAUUUCCUAGGUCGCCAAGACAGUCGAUUGUCUUCUAGAGCAGCUAGUUUCGUUGCUGAAGACUCCCAUGACCAAGUUGCGCUGUAUUCGACUGCUGUUUCCGUCUCGACAUCGCCUGAAGGGAACCGGCCAAGCAACAAAACGACUGCUAGCAUAGCUUAUCCUUCCGCGCGAGCAAGUCUAUCGGCCUUGACACAGUCAUACUCAAACUCUCCUCCGAAUCAAAGUUCAUCAACGGGUUUUACAUCCAGCCUAAAGAGAUACAGCCCUUCAGGUUCACUGGCCCCUGGAUGGGUGUCUUCUGGCAUAUUUGGCAGCCAAACGAUAAGCAAAGGCUCACGAAUGUCCUUUCAUCAUCAUGAAGGUGCAAAUCAAGAUAGCCGCGAGCUAGGCAAUCGCUCCUCCUUCUCGUCCUCAGGCGUGCAAAGCUCUCGAAGAAGUAACACUUUGCACACGUCGGCUAGCCGGCGCAGCGGUGUAUCUGCAGUGCCGUCUGAGGUCUCAGAGAAGACUUUUGACAAAAAUUCUCCAAAGCGCAAGAAGAUCAAGAUGCGUCUCGUCAACCAGGACAAGUUCGAUCUUGACGGGUACUCAUGCGCAUCGCUUUUCGACCGUGUACUCGAAAGGAAGUGCAGGAUCUACCGGCAAAGCUAUGCAAACCUUCUCGAUGUGUGGCAGUUGCACUCACAACGGGCCGAAGUGCUUAAGUUUGACGGCAUACCAGCAGAUGGCUCACAUUUGGCCCACGGCCGCUCAAAUGCCGCGCAACCGCCGUCUGGAAGUGGUCUCGAGCGGCCGCGCAGAAAGACCUUGACUUCCACUUCUCGAACCACGGACCUUGGUCUGGAAAUCAGACGUCUAUGUAGCAACUGUGGGGAACUACCAGCACCGAUAGAGAAAAAUGGCAUUCCUAUCGGGUGGCAUUGCGUGACUCCGUCAUGCAUCUCAUCAAAUCAACUUUCGGGGGUGAGGGCUGCCAGAGCCCCUAAACGCAGUGCAUGUGCCAUCUGCAACACCUCCAUCCGGAGUCUAGCGGUGCCUUGCUUGCAGUGUGGGCAUAUGACGUGCUAUGACUGUGCUCAGGGGUGGUUUGGUGCUCGCCGAGCGAAGCAUGACAAGAUGGGAUCGAGGCGGUCUUCGGCUGAGAAGUCCCAGCUUUCGCCAAUCGAGGACGAAGACGAUGUGGAUGGUCUUGGUGAAGAACAUACGGACGAACAUAACACUUGUCCUACGGGUUGCGGUUGUCCCUGUGCGACGCUCAUCACUGUGGCGGUACCGUAUCCUUCAUCGACCGAUGAUAACAUCACUGCCAGCGACCAAGAGCAUGCCUAUCUUGAACCUCCCCAACUUACCCAUCAACUCAGCCGCAGCAGUGGGGGAAGUUCGAACCUGCUCCGAUCAUCAAGUCUCCUUGUCCCUCCUUCAUCUCAUUCCCAUUCCUCCACCGAUGCUGGAACCGGAGGUGCGGAUACCGCGCUGGCGGCUUUCCUGGCGCUCACCCAAUCCCACCAACGAUCAAAAUCUAUUCAUCUAGUUUCAGCGCGGAGCAAAGCGCCCUCUGUGUCUCGACCUCCAGAAAUGCAGAGUCAAGGUUCACGCCAAACGCCAAAUGAAAGCGGCAAGACAUCGGUAUCAGACAACGAUACAGCAGAAACUACCGGAUCGCAGCCCGGGGAAGGGGAAGAUUCGAGCUCACUGAAUCCCUUUGCUGGUAAUAAAUUUGCGACAUUGGGAAGAGGAAUCGGCGCGGGCCUCAGCCGUGGGUUGAGUUCGAAGGCAAGCGACGCCACGAUUCGAAAGUUCAAGUCCUGA